GAAUGUUUAGACUGUGGCCGAAAUUCGUACUGUGGCUGAGAAAAAAGGAAAUAGUCGCGGGGUGAUCGGGGCGAUUCAGCUUGAACGUCAAAGAGGAACUAGUCGCGAGUGAACCUCCCUCGUGGAAGGAUGGCGGUCAGUAUUAACACGUGACAAUAAAUACGGAUAUCAAUUAGACGUAAUAAAGUAACUGUCAACUGUUGUCGCAGUCUCUAUUUGAUUGACGGAAUUGUCAAAAAUGUAAUGUAUUUACUAAACUGUUUUCGUCGUUACGUUUCGUUUAAAAUCAUUGCGGUGAACACAACGUAAGACUCGUAAAUGGUUGAAUUAUAUAAGAACAGUGGGAGAGGAGAAAUUCUCCUCCAGAAUCUUUGACAUAUACAUAUAUCUAUUGCUGCUGUUACACUCUUGUCGUUGUCCACGUCCUAGCCCAUGAUAACGUCUGCGACUUAUAACCUUGAAACGUCGGAUGAAGUGUACAGUUCGGAUUCAGACAGUGCCCGUUUCGUAGUAGAUGACGUGUGAUGUGAUGAUAGUUUGCAAUGUUUGCGACGUUGACAGUAUUAGCCGUAAUUGAAAUUGGACAUGAAGCAAAUAGUUGCGUAACGGACGAAACAUUUGAAAUAAAUAAGAUAGAGAGGAGUGUGUUAAUAUUAAAAAUAGAGGUUAAGUGAUCAGAUGAGUAACUGUGAGGUUUUAUUUAAAAAAAUUAAAAAUUAAUAAAAAGACAAAGCUAUCGAUGCUGGCGAAUAGAUAAGCCUAAUCCCAAUGUGGUGUAAUUGUUGAUAAAGAAAGGAGAGGGAAGUGAAACUGUCGAUUACAAUGAAAUUCAAUAUGAUUAUCGAUUUCGUCAAGAGCUGUCAGAACGAGUGGUUCAAGUUUAGUUGAAAAUAGGAUCGUGGUGUUGGUUUCACGUAAUUUGAAUAAUUGUAAUUUUUUAAUCAUCAAUUUGAAAUCAUGUUGAAGGCUAAGUGUUCACGUUUCACGGAGUGUUUUUGCCGUCGGCCCGGAUUCGUGUUGAUGUUGUUACCUUGUCUUUUGCUUCUUACUUUGUAUCUGAUAUCCGGCAGUAACGUCGAGCUGGAGGGAUUUCAUUAUUUACCAUUCAAGUCUUACAACGGUAGCGGUGAAAACAUUGACGGCUACCUGGUAUGGAAUCCCAAGUGUCACAUGCUGUCUAACAAUCCACUGGAUCCCUCCAUAAGAAACUUCGUAAAGCAAGUCAAGUUUGAAGCUUGCACCACGUCUCCCCUUCUAAGUGGAAUCGAAAGAGAAGCUAAUGGCAGUUGCGUUUUAAGGAUUGAUCCUCACGUCAGUAAGAAUUACAAGAAUCUGACUUGUUGCUGGGCGCCGAUUGUAAGGCCGAAACCAACCAAAACAUCCGAUAAGAUGAUCGAUUCAAAAAUUAGCGUUGAAGUGUGCACUGAUUUCAAAACACAAGUGCUCCUGCCUGAUGACGUGGAAGCUGUAAUGGUUUCCUGCAAGGCUUAUCAACCUGACGGAGGAGCUAAGAGGAAGUCAAAGUUGAAGAACCAAAAGGAACUUACGAACGUUUACAAAAAUGUACACGCAGUUUUGAAUUUGGCUAAAGUUCAAGAUCGAAUUGGGCAUAAAAUGAACAUAUCUAGUCAAGAGCCACGUAAAUUGAGUAUUUUAAUAUUAGGUAUCGAUAGCGUCUCUCAAUCGAAUAUGGAAAGGACAAUGCCACGGACUACAAAACACUUGAUCGAUACAGAUUGGAUAAGAUUGAGCGGUUAUAAUAAAAUGGGCGAGAAUACAUUUCCAAAUUUAAUGGCCAUAUUGACAGGUUUUAAUAUCAGUCAAGCUUACUCGCAAUGCGCACCUACCGUACUGUAUAAGCUAGACAACUGUCCCUUUAUCUGGUAUGCAUUUCGAAAUGCUGGCUACGUCACGGGAUACGGCGAAGAUAGCAUGCCGAUGAGUACAUUUAAUUAUUUAAAAGUGGGUUUCGCGGAUCCACCUACAGAUUAUUACAUGAGGCCAUACGUGGUGGCUUCAGAAAAGCUUCUCAAAUUACGACGUAAGUUUAGCACGAACUAUUGCACUGGUCCAGAAUUGAGUGUUGAACGUAUUUUGAAUUUCGCGGUCGAAUUCGCGCGCACCUUAAUUGGUAUACCAUAUUUCGGGUUCUUCUGGACGAAUGCGAUAAGCCAUGACAGUAUGAACGCGCCUUCCUCGAUGGACGAUCGUAUUUUACGAAAGUUUCAACUUCUAGAACGCGAAGGUGUGUUCAACGAUUCCAUGAUCGUGUUCCUGAGUGAUCACGGAAUGCGUUAUGGGGACAUCCGGGAUACUUUGGUAGGUUGGUACGAAGAGCGUUUACCAUUUUUUUACAUUAGAUUACCAGAUUGGUUUCGAGAAGAAAAUCCAGACGUGUAUGCGGCGCUCCGGGUCAAUCAAAAUCGUUUAACGUCACCCUAUGACUUCUACGAGACACUUCGCGACAUUCUAGUAACUGCUGGGGGUGAAGCUAAUUCCAGUUCAGGUUGUCCAACCUGCAUGUCACUUUUUCGUCGUGUGCCCUGGGAACGGGGUUGCGAAGACGUUGGCGUCUCCUCGCACUGGUGCACGUGCACCGCGUUUCGUUCUGUCGUCACCAAUAGCAAAAUUGCUGCACAAGGUGCGCAAAAGUUUCUCGAGCACGUAGAGAAUAUUAUCAAGAAUUACAAGGACAGCAAGGGUAACCGAUUGUGUGCUAAACUUAAAUUGAAGAAACUCGUGAGAGUCGAUAAGGUAGUUGAUUCGUCAAGGCAGGACGCUGGGACUGACGCAUACUUUUAUAUGCUUCAAACUACGCCAGGUGGCGCCAAAUACGAAGCUACUAUUCGACAUCAUGGCGACGGCAAUUAUAGUAUUUCUGAUGACGAAGUCAAUCGUAUUAAUUCAUAUGCUAGCAGUUCUAAGUGCCUCGAAAGAGGAUUCAAGCAAUAUUGUUAUUGCAUAAAAUAGGCCUUUGUAUAGUUCAUGAUUGCUGUCGAUGCUGUUACGUAAUUUAACAUUUUUUCAUUACGGAACCGAGACUGAACAAAACAGCCUUUAUUGUUCACGCAAUAACAGUUCUUUCUUGAAGAAUACGUGCCAAGAUUAUAUUAGCGUGCUGUAGAUGUAUUAUGAAAGGUGUAGAAAAUCUACAUAUUUCCACAGUGUUCUUAAUUUAGUUCGAUGGAUAUGUUACCGGUGACAAAAGUGGUAAAUAGACUGGCCAAUUAAUGGGAUAUGGUGUCACGCGAGUCUGGGUGUCGCGGAAACCUAGAAAUGGAAUCUGCCCAUUUAAAUGUUAUAUAUACAAAUAUACAUGUAUUCUACACCCAGAAUUGCGAGGCACGGAAUACAUGGGUUUGUCUAUUCUUUUUAUAUACAGUCAAAGAUAUCACUUACAUGUAGAUAAUAAUUAAUACGAGCUGGUACUGUAUUGUAUGAUUAAUUCAUCAAAAGGCGAUAAAUUGAUUUUCAAAAUUAUUCGAUACGCGCUAGAAUGAUUUAGACUGGUUUCAACGAUAGAGUUGAAAUAAUAAGGCUCCUGUAUAAACAGUAUUUCUGUUGUGUAUGUAUGCAACGUUAUGAUGUUCGUGGAAUUGUAGUCUUAUCAGAAAGGUAUAUUUUAUUACGUGAUUGGUACCCGUUACAUACGGUACCUUAUUCCAUACGUAUUCCUGAAUCUCAAUACAUCAGAAUUCGAUAUGCUUAAUACUCGUUAAAUUGAGAGAUGGGAAUUUAAAAGGAUCACUUAUUUCUGAGGAUAUAUAUAUUUUUUUUUUUAAAGAACAUAUACAUAUCUAUUUGCAGUUUAACGAUUUAUAAGCAAGGAAACGUUUUUACAAUAAUGUAUUAAAUUGUUAUUAUUACCUA